CAAUAAGAACCGGAAGUUAAUAUUAAUUUUGCAAUGCGACAUUGACAUGGUUUGAAAACAAAAACAAACGUGUUUACAUUCACAAAAAACAGACAUUGUCCUUUUAUAUGUUGUGAUCAACAGAAAUGGCAGCAAAACAAAAAAGAAUAGCUUUAAUGGGCUUCAGAUCUGUUGGAAAAUCAUCAGUUACCAUUCAGUUUAUAGAAAAACAGUUUGUUGAUUCAUAUGAUCCGACAAUAGAAAACACCUUCCACAAGAGUUUAAAGAUAAAAGGACAAGAGUAUGCCUUAGAAGUUGUUGACACAGCAGGACAGGAUGAAUAUUCUAUUCUACCUCAGAGUUAUUAUAUUUCUGUAGAUGGUUACGUUUUAGUGUAUUCAGUAAAUUCUCGUAAAAGCUUUGAUGUGAUUAAAAUUGUGUAUGAUAAGCUGCUAGAUAUGAAAGGAUCUUCCAAUAUACCUGUAGUGCUGGUUGGAAAUAAAAAUGAUCUACAAAAUGACAGAGUAGUGUCAGUGGAUGAAGGAAAGAAACUGGCUUCUGAAUGGAAUGUGAAAUUCUUGGAAACUUCUGCAAAAGAAUAUCAGACUGUGAAUGAAGUAUUUAUACAGAUAGUAUCUGCUAUAGAGAGGGCAGAGGGCGGAGGUACUCCUGAAAAACAAGGAGGAUGCUCUAUAUCUUAGGAGUUGGAAUGUCUACAGUUUCCAUGAAUACACUGGUCUGCACAUAACUGUUGCUGUAUUAGUGAAAUGAUAUUAACUGAAUGGUUGUAGAGGUUAUAUGGGAAUAAGUUUGAAUGCUUUAUCUUUCUUUGUUUUUUUAUAAACUAAUGAAUUAUGAAUUAAGUACUGGUAAAUUAUAUUGACUAAAUCCAAUUAAAUUCAGGCAGACAUGUAGAUUGUAAAAUUGAUGUCUGUUCUUAUAAAGAAAAAUGGUGUAUUUAAUAGUUAUGACAAUUUCUGCAUUCUGUUCUUUGGGAAUUGUGUAUUCUGUUGGACAUAAACAUUUAUGAUUUAACUUUUCUCUCAAAAUCCAUGUUUUACCACCCAAAUAAUUAAGAACGUAUAAAGACAUGAUGUUUUAUUAAAGUCAUGCUCUUUCAGUAUGACAUAUUUAUAUAAUUAAUGAGUAUUUCAGAUGACAAUAAAUCAAGGUUUGAAAAUAAUUAUAUUAGUUUUAAUUACAAUUGCUAACAGAAAUCAUUUACUUGUAAUUUUACUUCAAAAUAUGGAUUUUAAUGUGAAAAUUGUAUACUGUGGCUUCAUUUAUAUUUUUGUGGGUUCUAUUUAAAGUUGAUUGAAGGAAAUUUCAAUUUUUGUGGAUAUUUGAUUUUGUGUUUUUUCCAAAGCAUACAUAAAUGCCCAUUGUUAUUUUGAACUUCUUUGAACAUUUAAAUUUGUGGUUCACCGUUAUCCACAAAAUCCAUGAAAAUUAGUAUCUCACGAAUAAUGAUAAAUCCACAGUAAUUGUUAUUGAUUGAUUGAAAUAUUAUUUUGUGUGAUUGAAAGAGUGUGUCAUUUUGUAUUAUUUAUACAAUCACUUUAACUUGCUGUUUAAAUUAUUGUUGAAAUAAUAAUAAUAAUUUUGAUUAUAUAAGUAACGCUAGUGUUACAGUUAUUUUAAUGUAUAUAGAUUUUAUUAAGCUGUAGAUGGUUAUGUAUUAGAUUAUACUUUUAAACAGUUACUUAUAACAACCUGCAGUGUGUUACAUAUUCAGAGAAUUUAAAUUGACUUUUAUUGAUUUAAACUUUGAACUCUCUUGAAAAGAAGUGCAACUGAAUUUGUUGUCCUGCUUAUUAUGAAACCCUGUAGGAUGGACCAAGUUGUUAUCUUUAGUGCAAUGAAGUCAACAAUUAGAAAUACAUUUAUAUGUUAUCCCUUUUUUCACAAACUUGGCCUCUAUUUGCAAAGAAGUUGUAAAAUAGUAAUAAUAAUAUUUUUGAUAUUAUUUUUUUAGUAAAUUUUUGUGUUCGGCCCAUUCUAGGCAAUUUUGCAUUGAGUUGCUUUUACAAUUUCUCUAAUUUGAAGAAUGUAUGUACAAAGAGAUCCAAUUUGGAGUUUUAGUGUUGACUUAAUUUUGUGUAAUUUUGUUUUAUUAGCAAAUCUCCCUUGGAUAAUCUGUGGUAAAAAUAAGUUUAUUACAGUAUUUGGUAUCUGGAUAAAUUGCAAUGAGUAUAUAUUGGCAUGGCCUCAUUUGUUGUAAAUCAUUUAACUGUUGCAGCAGGUGAGACAGUCUUGUGUGUAAACUCUUGUUUGAUUUUGGGCAUUUCUAUGAUAGUAAACAUGAUCAUUUAUGUCUAAAGAUAGACAUUGAUUUCUAAAAUUAUUCAAUAUUACUAAUAAUUAAGGCAUUACAAAUGUGGUGGAUUAUAUAAGGAAAAUGUGGUUUUAGAUAAAAAUAUUACUGAGGAGUAUUUAACAAUAGUACUAGUGUAGUUAUAUUUAUCUUUUCCUUUGGGAUAACAUGUUUGAAUAAAUGUUAUGACAUAGA